GAUGCAGAUCACUUCCUCAUUCUCACUUGAGCACUGUUAACUCUUCUGGCUUUAACUGUGCAGCCUUUACAUUCAGUCAGGCUGGCAGAGAAGGAGGAAAGCAGCAGAGACAGGGAGGACUGGUCUUCUGUGCUGUGACACCUAAUAAGGGUCUCUACAGUCCCAUUGUGCAGGAUCCUGCAAACUGUCAUCACACGCCAAGAUGAGAAGAAGGGACACACCUCUGUGUAAGCAGCAGUCUACACCCUGCCUUGGGAAAGAAAUGCCUCGGCUUUUCCCAAGAAUGUCCAUGAACGAUGUGGACGAGAAGGUCCGUCUCAUGGCAGAGAAGGUGUAUGCCUCUGCCCUGAAAGAGGAGGACAACAAGGAUGCUAUGGCACUCUUCACUGUGCCUGAGGACUGUCCCAUCGGACUGCAUGAGGACCGAGAGCGGGCGCUGAAGAAAGAGCUGGCAGAGCAGCAAUCUGAGGAGUCUGCCAAGAGGAAGAAGAAUUUCAUGCUGAAGCGCUCCCAGUCAGUAUCCUUGCAGAUUCCUGUCUCUGGGGAAUGGCCAAUGUCUGUGUUAUCUCCAGUGCUUCCCCAAACUACAACAGACUCUUUUCUACCAGAGGGAUUUCCAGACUUCCAAAGAGUAACCAUCAGCGGAGACUACUGUGCAGGGAUUACAGUGGAGGACUAUGAGCAGGCAGCCCAAAGUCUCCUCGGUGCACUUUUCAUCAGAGAGAAAUACUCCAGGUUGGCCUACCAUCGCUUCCCAAGGACCAUUGCCCAGUUUCUCCGCACUGCCAAGAAUGAGAAGUGGCAGGAGGAGGAUGAGGUCUUGCCAGACAUCUGGCCGGUCCCUCAUGAAGGAGAGGACCCUUACUCCAUGGAGGGUAUUCCUGAGAACCUGAACUACGAGCUGCAGAUGAAGGAUGGCAUCGUUCAUGUUUACGACGACGCCGAGGCUUUGAAACAACAGCAGCCUCACAGCCUCCCUUACCCCGACCUCGAGACCUUCGCCAUCGACCUGAGCCACGUCCUCGCGAUGAUCGCUGACGGCCCAACUAAAACUUACUGUCACAGACGGCUGAACUUCCUGGCCUCUAAAUUCUACCUUCAUGAAAUGCUGAAUGAAAUGGCCGAGCUGAAAGAGCUGAAGUGCGUCCCACACAGAGACUUCUACAACGUCAGGAAGGUGGACACACACAUACACGCUGCAGCCUGCAUGAACCAGAAGCAUCUGCUGAAAUUCAUAAAAACCUCUUACCAGACGGAAGCAGAUCGCGUGAUCUUGGAGAAGGCCGGUCAGAAGGUCACCCUGAAGGAAGUCUUCAACAACCUUCACAUGGACCCCUAUGAUCUCACCGUGGACUCUCUGGAUGUGCAUGCUGGGAGGCAAACAUUUCAUCGGUUUGACAAGUUUAACUCCAAGUACAACCCUGUGGGAGCGAGCGAGCUGAGAGAGAUUUACUUGAAAACGGACAACUACAUCAAAGGAGAGUACUUCGCACGUCUCAUCAAGGAAGUGGCCAAAGAGCUGGAGGAGAGUAAGUACCAGCAUGCUGAGCCCCGUCUGUCCAUCUACGGACGCUCUCCCAGCGAGUGGGACGGCCUAGCAACUUGGUUCAUCCAGCAUAAGGUCCACUCGCCUAACAUGAGAUGGAUGAUCCAGAUCCCAAGGAUCUAUGACAUUUUCAGGUCAAAGAAGAUAGUGCCAAACUUCGCCAAGAUGCUGGAGAACGUCUUCCUCCCCCUGUUUGAGGCUACAGUCAACCCCCAAAAGCACAAAGCUCUCCAUGUUUUCCUGAAAUAUGUCACAGGAUUUGACAGCGUGGAUGACGAGUCCAAACACAGUGACCACAUGUUCUCUUACAAGAGCCCGAAGCCCGAGAGCUGGACGACAGAUAACAACCCUCCUUACACCUACUACCUGUUCUACAUGUACGCCAACAUCAUGGUGCUCAACAACCUGCGAAAGGAGCGAGGUCUGAACACAUUCCAGUUUCGCCCACACUGCGGCGAGGCCGGCUCCAUCACUCAUCUGGUUUCUGCCUUCCUUACCGCUGACAACAUCUCCCAUGGACUCAACCUCAAGAAGAGUCCAGUGCUGCAGUACCUGUACUACCUGGCCCAGGUCCCGAUCGCUAUGUCCCCACUCAGCAACAACAGCCUGUUCCUGCAGUACUCCAAGAACCCUCUACGAGAGUUUCUACAGAAGGGCCUGUGUGUGUCCCUGUCUACUGACGACCCCAUGCAGUUCCACUACACAAAGGAGGCCUUGAUGGAGGAGUACGCCAUCGCAGCCCAGCUUUGGAAGCUGAGCACCUGCGAUCUGUGCGAGAUAGCCAGGAACAGUGUGCUGCAGAGCGGGCUCUCACAUCAGGAGAAGAAACACUUCAUUGGUUCCAACUACCUGCAGGGUGGACCUGACGGUAACGACAUCAGACGGACAAACGUGGCACAAAUCCGCAUGGCCUACCGACACGAGACGCUGUGCAACGAGCUCAGUUUCCUGGUGGAUACAGAUAUCAGCGCUCUUUUAGCCGAGUGACCGACCAAGGCAGCUCAAACUGUUCAUGAUUGUGUCUUUGCAGAUGAAGAGGUAAAGCAUGGAUGGCACAAACAUUACAUCUAGAUUGGAAAACCAGCGUUAUCACUACUUAUUUCAACGUUAGUGCAGGACUCUGCUGUUGCCUACUUCCAGUGGCGGAGGCAGGGGGUGACCAGGGGUGGCCAUGGACACCUCUGAAAACUGAUUGGCCACCCCAGUGGCCACCCUGAAAUUCUGAAACAUGAUAGUCCAUUUGCCAUGUCAGAGGCAUUACUUAUACUGAAAUCAGUUAUUGUGUUGUUGUGCUUCAACACACUGCAGAGAAACUAGUUUCUGUGCAUUUGAAUAUUGUUUUUGUUGAUGCUUUGAUUUUGGACAAUCAUCUUCAUUUUGAGUCCUUAAAGAGUUCAGUUCAGCACAUUUAAAUGUUGACGCUCUGUCGAGUUACAUUUUUAAUCUUAACAUUAGAAAUCUACAACAUUUGUUAAAUUAUUCUAUGAAAAGGAAUUAAAGUAGAUGUGAUUAUUUCGAGGUAACCCUCCUAGGUUUGGGGUAAGCCCCUAAUGUUUUCCAUGCCUGGCCACCCCUUAACAGUCAGUGCCCCGGUUUGGCCACCCAGGUCAAAACUGUGUGGCUCCACCACUGCCUACUUCAUGUAGCAAAAUGGAAACUUGAUUUUUAGACUUUAUUCAAUGUGAAUCACCAUGUGUGCCUCAUUUUACUGAGCUUGUUUUUGGCUUCUUGCAUGUUACAAAUUCCUUUAUCUAAACAUUAAGUGUAAAGAAUUACAGGAGAAAAAAAAGCCACAGUCAGAUUUGCUUUUCACACUGGAAUGCAUGAUUUGGCUGUGCAAACAUUCACUAAGACCAGUUUAAACUGGAGUGAGGUUGGAACUACUUGUAUGUGCUUUGUCCUGAAAUUAGUGUAACAAUAUAAGAACGUUUUUUUCAAUUUUAUGUAAUUUCUUAUCGUUUUUUUACAUGUAAAUAAAAGGAAAAUAAAAGUU